AUGGGCAGCCUCCAGACAUGGGAACAGACGGUUUCCCAAAAGCGCGCUCUACGGGAUCAGGCUCUGAAGCCUUACCUGGUGACCGACAUUGACGCACGUUCACCUCGAGUCCAAGAUGUACAGAACCUGUCUUGUUUUACGAAUGACCCAUUGGCCCAGGAGAUCACAGACAUUGAUAUUAUCCCGGCUCUAGUAGGGAAGCUGCAGAAAGGAACCUGGACCGCGGAGCAAGUCAUUCGUGCGUAUAUACGAAGGGCUGUGGUGGCUCAUCAAAUUACAAACUGCAUUACCGAGGUCAUCUUUGACGAUGCAUUGGUUCAAGCGCAGGAGCUUGACCGGGAAUUUGAGAGAACUGGCCGGCUCAAGGGUCCUCUCCACGGAGUCCCCGUGACAGUGAAAGACCAAUUCAACGUCAAGGGCCAUGACUCUACAAUCGGCUGCAUUGGCCGGUCAUUCUCUCCCGCCACAGAGGAUGCGGUCUUGGUUCAGAUGCUGAAAGACAUGGGGGCCGUCAUUCUGGGUAAAACAAAUCUGCCGCAGAGUAUCAUGUGGGCUGAAACAGAGAAUCCUCUCUGGGGUCUCACGGUUAACCCUCGGAACCCUGCUCUUACGCCUGGUGGCUCUACUGGAGGUGAAGCUGUCUUGCUCGCAUUAGACGGCUCAAUACUUGGGUUUGGACGGAUAUCGGUGGUAGUAUUCGGAUACCCCAAGGCAUCAUGGGUUCCUACGGCUUCAAACCUAGUCAGAUUUCCUUAUAGCGGAGUCCCUGUUUCAACAGAAGGACAAGAACACGUCCCCUCUUCUGUUGGUCCCAUGGCCCGCGAUCUCGCCUCUAUAUGCUAUAUGAGCCUUGUAGCUGAAUCUCGGCCCUGGAAUCUCGACCCUAGAUGUCCACCCCUUCUCUGGAACGCAACCGCUUUCGAAGACAUACAAUCUCGGCCAAUGGUCAUCGGCCUGAUCAUCGACGACGGCGUCGUCAAAGUUCACCCACCCAUCGAACGAACGCUCUGCCAACUGGCGGCAAAACUCGAAAAAUCCGGCCACGAGGUAGUCCCCUGGGAUACCUCUGAUCACCUAGGCUACAUCAACCUCAUGGACCAAUACUACACCGCCGACGGAGGUGAGGAUAUACGCCGGGACGCCGCCGUUGCGGGCGAGCCCUUUAUCCCGCACGUCGAGGCCCUCGUUAACCGCGGAAGUCCAGUUUCAGUCUACGAAUACUGGCAGCUCAACCGCGAGAGGAUGGACCUGCAGAAAAAAUAUCUCGAUAAGUGGACUGCAGCUCGGUCACUGUCCGGGAAACCUGUCGAUGUCCUUCUCAGCCCGACCAUGCCACAUGUCGCCGUGCCUCAUAGAAGUGUACGCUGGGUUGGAUAUACGAAAAUCUGGAAUCUCCUCGACUACCCUGCUCUUACUUUUCCCGUGGAUCAAGUGCGUGCUGAAGACAUCCCACUGGAUUAUGGGCCAAGAAAUGAGUUUGAUGCGUGGAAUUGGGAUCUUUAUGAUACAGAUGUUAUGGAGGGGCAUCCGGUCAAUUUGCAAGUGGUUGGGAGGAAAUUGGAUGAAGAAAGGGUGUUGGGGGCUGCUACAGUUGUUGAGCGAAUCUGGCGUAGUUGA